UGCUCGGCCCGGCGGAGACCUCGUCCUCAGAGCGCAGAGCCGCAGCCCAGGCUGUCGCCGACAUGGAACCGGUGGCUAGCAACAUCCAGGUCCUGCUGCAGGCAGCGGAGUUCCUGGAGAGGCGCGAGAGAGAAGCGGAGCACGGUUAUGCGUCCCUGUGUCCACACCACAGUCCCGGGGCCGUCUGCAGGAGGAGGAAGCCUCCCCUGCAAGCUCCUGGCGCGCUGAACAGUGGGCGGUCUGUGCACAACGAGCUGGAGAAGCGCAGGAGAGCCCAGCUGAAGCGGUGCUUGGAGCAACUGAGGCAGCAGAUGCCCUUGGGAGUUGACUGUACCCGAUAUACUACACUGAGCCUGCUGCGCCGGGCCAGGCUGCAUAUCCAGAAGCUGGAGGAGCAGGAGCAGCAGGCCCAGCGGCUCAAGGAGAAGCUCCGAAGCAAACAGCAGAGCCUGCAGCAGCAGUUGGAGCAGCUCCAGGGGCUGCCAGGAGCUAGAGAGCUGGACCGGCUGAGGGCUGACAGCCUGGACUCGUCAGGCCUGUCCUCUGAGCGAUUUGACUCAGACCAAGAGGAUUUGGAGGUGGAUGUGGAGAGCCUGGUGUUUGGGACUGAGACAGAACUCCUCCAGACCUUCAAUGCUGGGCAGGAGCACAGCUACUCACAUGGCACUGGCACCUGGCUAUGAUGCCCACUGCCGCCUGUACUCUCUCUGGACUGAGCCUGACAGUCAGCGGCCUCACACAAGUCUGCUUAGAGCCACAAGUUGAAGAGACUAUGAAGCCACCGUUUGAGAGCAGGCUCUGGACUCUGCUGCACAGCUUGAGCCUGGGCCAAACUCCCCACCCUCCAGGGGAUUUUAUGUAGCAUUUGGCCCUGCUUUGCUGCUCCCCACAGGGACAGGAAGCCUGUAAGCUUCUUGUUCCUGGGCAAAGCCCCAGGUCUCUGCCCAUAUAUACUGCACAGUAUUUUCAUUAAAAUCCUCUUUUGUAAGUUC